UCAAGCUCAGUGCUCUUGCCCCUGUCCUCCAGUUGCUAGUAGUUUCUGUGUUUACAGAGUAAAACGCGGCGUUGCGUGGUGUUUUACGGCAGUGUGCAGUGAGACGCGUGUAGCUGGCGGCUGUAACAUCGUCUCUUAUUUACACGGACGCCUGUCAGUGUGACAUGGUCAGUAAUGGUGCAGGUUGUCUGAGGAUGCUAGCAGCGCACCGGGUAACAUGCUGCACUGCGAAGCUGUGUUGACAGUGUUGUGCAAGUAGAUACAUAACGCCAGGCGACGUGUUGGCGUGCAGUGCGUAGCUCAACAGUUGGAGGAAAACAUUGUCGUAGAUCAGUUUCAGAUGGAGACCAAUAUGUACCCCCAGCAUCAUCUCCAGCUGUUUUGCGUUCCCCUGAUCGCAUCACAGCAGCAGUGGUGACUGUCAGCCCUCCAAACCCACAAUGGUAGCCUGUGUGAAGACUGUGUUUUGUGCCGGUGUGUGGGCUCAGGCUCUGGAGGUGAGGCUGAGCAGGGUGCUUCCUGACGGCUGUGUGAACUGCAGUAAGACAUACCUGCCGUUUGGUGGAUGCUUUUACCCAAAGCGCCUUGCUAGUGUUGCAAGUCCAUACAGAUCCAGCAUGGCUGGGAAUCGAACCCCCACCCCGAGCAGCGCUGAUACAGUGUUGUGCCCAUUUAGCUAUACAGUCCCACUGGCAUGGCACAGCAAGAGCUACAGUCAUGUCAGAACAGCUGGCUGCUGCAGUCAGAUGUCCCCUGCCUUUAGAUGUCAACUAGUACAAAGUCAGUCUUCUGCGGUGAGGAAGGAAAGCCUGCUUCAAGGAGCCACAAAGUGGGGGCAUGUGUCUUUCAUCCGCACCAGAGUGACAGAGGCCUCCCUCUCCAGUGUGGUUCCCACUUUUGUUGUGAUGAAGUUUGACACAGAAGGAAAUGUGACAUCAUUUGAGAAGAAGAAAACUGAACUGUGCCAGGAGCUAAGUCUUCAAGCCAGAGACCUGCGCUUUCAGCACAGCACCAGCCUCACUGCUAGAAACAACUGCAUUAUAAUACGGAUGGAGUCUUUGAAAGCCAUAGUGACCCCCCAGUGCCUUUUGGUGUUGGAUUUCCGCGGUUUGGGUUUGGAGCGUUGGCUGGUGCUGGAGCUCGCCCCGCAGCUGGCAUCACAGUCUCACUCUCUGCCCUUUGAGUUCAGAGCACUGGAGGCCAUCCUGCAGCACAGGGUGAACACUCUCCAAGCCCGGCUGAGUGAAGUCCAUCCAGUAAUAGUUGACACCUUAGAGUCCCUAGUGGAUCCUAAACUCCUUUCUGCUGAUAGAAGCAAACUACAUGUACUGCUACAGAACAGUAAGAGUUUGUCAGAGUUGGAGACGGACAUAAAAGUGUUUAAGGAUUCCCUGUGGAAGAUUCUGGAUGAGGAAGAGAUCAUUGAAGAACUCUGUCUCACCAAGUGGACAGACCCAAGAGUUUUUGAGGAGAGCAGUCUGGGUAUUGACCAUGCUGAGGAGAUGGAGCUCCUGUUGGAGAAUUAUUACAUGCAGGCUGAAGAGCUGGGCAACGAGACCAGAGAACUCAAAGGACUGAUAGACGACUCUGAGAGCGUCAUCUUUAUCAAUCUGGACAGUCACCGUAACGUGAUGAUGCGUCUGAAUCUGCAGCUGACUAUGGGAACCUUCUCCCUGUCCUUAUUUGGUCUGAUGGGUGUGGCCUUUGGAAUGAAUCUGGAGUCGUCCUUUGAGGAGGACCCGCGUGUUUUCUGGCUGGUGACAGGCAUCAUGUUCUUGGGCAGUGGGCUGAUAUGGAGACGACUGCUGUCAUUCCUAGGACGACAUCUAGAGCCCUCAGUACCCCCACCGAUCCCUCCACCCUGGAAGAGAAAUCUUAAAUCAUCAGACAUCAAGGCAGGAGUCAGAUGAUUCUCCUCUGCAGCUCUGUUGAAUAUCAUCAGACCUCCUAGCUGCUCUGAAGCUUUAAAGGUGCUUCCAUUACCACCCUGGACCCCCUGACAGCUCUGCAAAGCCUGGGAGCAUUUAUUUUAACACUUACCCUGAUUAUUUUACCUCUCGGGGCCCCAGCAAAGGUUGAAACUAACUGUAUCCAGAUGGCAGAAGACAACAUUGAAUACUUCUAGCAUAAGCCAGACUUGGUCUUUGGAGAUUUGUAGCAAACAGCUGUUUUUGUCAGUGUCAGUUCCUGUGUCCCAAACGUUACCUUUCUGGAUACUGUGUCAGCACUGCGUCAGGCAUUUGAUUGGUUUGCUCUAAUAUAAUGUGGGUCAAGUAUGUGGGCAGAAAGCAUUGCAUUGUCAUCACUGGGUUUUGCGUCAGUAAAAAUGGAUGGGCGCCAGGACUAGUGGCAGCAUUGGAAAUGAGACCAAGAGCCCGCCCACUAACAGGAUUAAAUAAUACCUCAACUGGAGUUGUCGUUCAUUUGAUAGAUGACUAAAGAAUAUUAAUUGCAUAAAGUAUAUAAUAUGAAUACAUGACCUUAAUGAAGUUGUGAAGUCUGUUGAUUUUAUUUAUGUACUGUACAUACAGAAUGAUUUCAUAAGUGAUAGCUUAUAUGCUCAUUGAAUAAGAAUUUUCCUUUUCUCUAUCUGCUGAGUUGUGUAACAAUUUUUCAGUAGUUACAACUUCAGAAAAGUAGGAUUCUUUUUUAAAUCUCUGAAAAGUUUUCUGUUUGAUUUAUUUGAAUCUGAACCUCAAGUUAUGGAUUUAAAGUCAGCAAUACACUGGACAGGUUUUUUGGCAACCCUCAUGGAUAAUGACAGCAGAGGAGCUGCCUCAGCAUUGUUCCCUCAGUUUUUCAGUCACAUGAUGUUUUAUUAAUGGAAAACAUUUCAUUACUUUUUUGACACUGUUUCUCAAUUUGUUCUUAGAAGGAUUGCCCAUCGACAAAAAAAUCCUGAUCGUGUUACAUCUGUAAAUAGUCUCAAUAUGCAAGCAACUUUUGCAGGAGUCUGACUUUAGAGACAUUAUUUACUUUCUGCUAUUUAGGUUUUGAGUGUGUCCUUAAUGUUUCGGACGUUGACGGUCCAAUAUCUGUGAAAUUCCUCUACCAAAGUAAAGCUUUGCCAUUCCGUGGGUAAGCAUUUUCCUCCAAAGCAACUUGUAGCCAUCGUUCUCCAUCACUCUGCAGCUACAGCAUACAUAAGUGACACACACAUUUCCCAGGCGCAAAAAAAUGAAAAACCUGUUUGAUCAUGUUGGAGGUCAGCCAACACAAAGAGCUGCUUUAAGACGUUUCUUCAAAUUAACUUAAUAACUUCGAAUAUGAAAGUAUGAUCAAAGGCUUAAUGCACUGAAGUUAUUAAGUAGUUCGGUGUAACUUGGAUGUUUACUCACAUUUAAGCAAAAUCAGUAUACAGCUACUCUCAGUCCACAGCACAGUAAGCGACAACCACUGCCUAAUAACUCAUUUUCUCUAAUACGUCUUCAAGCAUCUGACUCAAGAAGUAAUGAUCUCUUCAUGGAUUUACCACAGCAUACAAUAGUCUCAAAAAAAAAAAAAAAAAAAAAAAAAAUCGAGGAGUUAAUCCACUCUCAGGUAGUUGAAU